UUCUCUAUAAAUACCCUUUAUACCAUGCAUACACCAAAUACAAAAGAAUAUUCUCCUCCAAACCCCCCAGAAAAUGGUUUCCUCCACCAUUAUUCCCUCUACCAUUUUCUUGGUAAGUUUCCUCCUGGCUACUACCAUCUCCAAUGCCCAAAACUCCCCCCAAGACUUCGUCGAUACGCACAACGACAUCCGAGCGGCGGUAGGUGUUGGCCCAGUCUCCUGGGACGACACUCUAGCCGCCUAUGCUCAGAGUUAUGCUGAUAGUAAGAUGGAUACUUGUGAGAUGGAGCACUCCAAUGGACCCUAUGGUGAAAACCUAGCUGAGGGGUAUGACGAGAUGACAGGGGUGGAGGCGGUGAGGUUCUGGGCAACUGAGAAAAAGUUCUACAACCACCAUUUGAAUCGAUGCGUGGGGGACGAGUGUGGGCACUAUACACAAAUAGUGUGGAGGCACACUACAAAUAUAGGGUGUGGUAGAGUGAAGUGUGAGAACAAUUGGGUCUUUGUGAUCUGCAACUAUAAUCCUCCUGGCAACUAUAUUGGCCAACAUCCUUACUGAUAAUAUAUUAUAGAAGUUUAGACUUUAUUAGAAAUAACUAUAUGAUGUUCUUAAUGAUAAUAUAUUAAUAUGCAUCUAUGAUAAGAAUAUUAAAUAUGUAUAAAAAGUAUAAAUCGAUAUAGUCUUUGUUUGGUUGAUUAUUUAAUACGAACCAACCAAAUUGUGUCAGAAAAGUUAGAAGAGGUAUAGACGUGACAUUAAUGGUUUUGAAGUUCAGUCAAUAUAUAAUAUUUGUCACAAUCAAAGUAGAAAGAGUUAAAGAAAGGGAUUGAAUUUUCCUUGUGUUGUAUUACGUGGACGACAAAUCGAAAGAGUUAUAGAUAUAAAUUAGUUCAGUUUUUUAA